CUCAACCAGAAUCUCUCAACUUACAACUUUAACCAUGGACGCAAAACUCACCAUCGCCGACAAGUUGGGCCGCGGGCUCACGAACGGCAUCUUCUUCGUGACUCGCAAAUGGAAGGUCAUCAUGCUGAGCUACGUCUUCAUCAUCUCGAUCGGCAGCGCUCUUCUCUACCUUCACGACGAACAACAACCCUCCCUCCACACCCGAAGCUGGGGCGGUUUCGACGAACGUCCCCGUACAGAGAAAUGCUACCGCCAAGAACGCACCGCCAUGAUUCUCUCCCUCCUCUUCGGAACUCUGGGUGUCGACCAGUUCUACGCACAUCACUGGCCUCUCGCUGUGUUCAAACUCCUCACCGUCGGGGGUUUGGGAGUCUGGGCGUUUGUUGACAUGAUCCUUUGGAUUGUUGGCGGUGUGUAUGGGACGCCUGGAUGUCCUGGGGGGAGUUCCAAGGGAUGGCAGUAUUAGGAUGGAUGGGGAGAGGGAGCUGUUAGUGGGAGUGAGCAGUCAGUUAUCAUUCUUUGUUGAUGGAUUAUAUUAGUGGUGUUGGCGAGAUUGCAGUGGUUUGGUGAUGGGUUAAAAAUAAAAAAUAA